AUGCUUAGGCCUAUCGGUCUAGAACUGGCUGAAAGAGGACAUAAUGUAACUGUUAUCACUGCCCAUAAGGAAAAGAAUCCUCCUAAAAACUAUCACGAGAUAAUGGUGGACGAUAAAAAAAUUUGGGAUGUAAUCGGAGGCGGAAGGCCAAAUGUUUUUACAAUGGCUAGCAUGUCAGCCGAACAAUUCCAUGAUAAGAUUUUAUGGGCCGGUGGCUUAGCCGUUACAGAAAUGGCAUUAAAUUCAUCUCAAGUUAAACGAUUUUUAGCUAUUGAUCAAAAGUUCGAUCUGGUGAUUUGCGAGCAAUUCUUUCAAGAAGCUACCUAUAUUCUAGCUCACAAAUACAAAGCACCAUUGGCUCUUGUAACAACGUUUGGGAAUUGUAUGCGACAUAACAUUGUAAUACGGAAUCCAUUGCAGCUGGCAACAGUCAUCCCAGAAUUUUUAGAUAUAACAGACCCUACUAGCUUUUGGGGUAGGUUAAGAAAUUUUUAUUUUACCGUCUAUGAGUUUAUUUGGUGGAAAUAUUGGUAUAUGGAGAAACAAGAACAACUGGUACAAAAAUAUAUGAAAAAUCUAGCCGAGCCUGUUCCAAGUUUAUAUGAGAUGCAGAGACAGGCUUCUUUGAUGCUUAUUAAUUCCCACUUUAGUUUUGAUACUCCUGCUGCAUAUCUUCCAAAUAUAGUAGAGAUCGGUGGAUUACAUUUGACAAGGAGCGAUGGAGAGCUCCCACAGGACUUAAAAACCUUCUUAGAUCAUAGCAAAGACGGCGUUGUGUACAUGAAUUUUGGUUCUAACGUGAGAAGUUCCGAAUUACCGAUUGACAAGAAAAAUGCAUUUCUCAGUGUGUUCAGGCGGAUAAAUCAAACUGUACUGUGGAAAUGGGAAGACGACCAUUUGGAAAAUAAACCUCCAAAUUUAGAAAUUAGGAAAUGGAUGCCCCAAAAGGAAAUCCUUGCUCAUCCAAACAUUAAAGUAUUUAUUUCUCACGGUGGAUUGAUUGGAACACAGGAAGCUAUUUUUAAUGCAGUUCCAAUUAUUGGUAUUCCGAUUUAUGCGGAUCAGUAUAAUAAUCUUUUACAAGUUGAAGAAAAGGGGUUCGGGAAAAUUCUGCGGUAUAAUCACAUCAAUGAAAAGGGUUUGGAAAACGUUCUAUUAGAAGUUUUAAAUAAUGAUACCUAUAAACAAAAAGCUUUAGAAAUUUCCAAAAAAUUUAAAGACAGACCCCUGACACCUCUAGAUACAGCCAUGUUUUGGUUAGAGUACACUAUACGAAAUAAUAAUUCAGAAAGUAUGAAAAACCCCGCAGCAGAUUUAAAUUGGUUUGCUUACUUAAUGAUUGAUGUUUACGCAUUUAUAGUGUUUGUUUUUCUUACGUUUAUAUUUUUGGUUAUAAUAAUUAAAAGAAAAUUAAAAUAUUUGCUAGCCAAUGAGCGUAUAGUAAGAAGCGAAAAGAAAUUAAAGUAA